AUGGAACCAUCAAUUGAUCUAUAUGGCACUUCAUCAUCUUCGAUCAUAGAGGAUAACACGAGCACUCGCAAUAUGAUACGAUGGAAAUCGGGUAAAAGGGUCGACCCGAGGCUUAUGACCGUGCUACAGUUAUUUGGAGAGAUAUACAUGGAACGGCACGAGUUCUUCGACAGAAUCUUUCGCGGGGACCAUGAAGAUGCAUUUAAGAAAGUCGAGACAUUGUUGAAAAGAAAGAAGACGAUGAAAAAAGCCAAGAGCAUGCCACGGAGUCUAAGCAUGAGAGCAAUCGGCCGGCAAAGAGGAGUUGAUGGUGAGGACGACGGUUUGCGGCUCGACCGGUUUAAGAUUAGGACCCCAAAUGUGAUUGUUGCCGACCCGGGUGAGCAAGGGGAAAAGACAACUACAUAA